AUGGUGAUCUACGAAUGGCGUGACGCGCGGUACCUGGGCAUAGACACAGAGCCAGACAAUUACCUCGUUCCUAAAACCUACGUAUGCACACAGACGCACCGGAAACCCCACACCUCCUUCGUCCGAGUGGGACUCACCGUGGCGUCGUGGCUAGCUCUUUCUCCCAUCGCAAGGCAUGUCAAUACGAUUGUUCCAACUGGCGUUCUUUGGUACAAGGAGCCUAUAUUGUACCAAGUGGAUAAGAAGGGCUAUUACUGCGUUGCCGCUAUACCGAUUACUACAGGUGCCACAGCCGACACAGCAGUCCAUGCUUCAUUCACGGGUCAAGUCUUAUUCCAAACGUGUUCCAUGGCAAAUUGGCAGCGACUGAUUAUCCCAAGAUCAACUUCUACAUGGUCCUGGCAUUGGUGUACUCAUCCUGGCGGAGUCUGGGGGUUCUUGUGCUUCAGGCAUCGAGAUGACCUCUUGCCUCUUCAGUACUAUAUCUCGUAUCUGGUCGGAUUCUUGGUGAUCGAAAUGACCGCCACUUGGGCUUACUACAGAUACUUGAAUUCGCAUCAUCGAGGAACAGCUACAACUAUGUUCUUGGCUGUUGUGGCCAUCCUUGACGCGGGGAAACGCACUUUCUUCUUCCUCUUGCUCGUUGUCUCCCUUGGGCUGUCGGUUGUGAGGGAGUCUCUGGGACCGGCUAUGACUCGCGUCAAACUCCUUGCUGGGGCGCAUUUCGUUUUUGGAGUACUCUACGCGAUGGGAAUGGUCGAACUUGAGCUUGAGAGCGCAUCUGCGUUGUUACUUCUCAUGUUUGUCAUCCCUCUCAGUUUCACGCUUUCUGGAUUCUUGUUGUGGAUCAUGUACGCUUUGAAUGGCACAAUGGCCGAACUGGCAGACCGCAAACAAACCUACAAAUUGAGCAUGUUCCGUACCCUCUAUCGGAUAUUACUGCAAGUCCUUUCGUUUUAUUUUCUCCGACUCCCAAUCGUAACCCUUCCAUUUGCAGACUAUGCACCCGAAACAUGGGAAACCAGAUGGUAUCUCCUCGACGCAUGGCUCGCAAUCCUCUACCUCGUUGUCUUUACAAGCAUAGCCUUCCUCUGGCGUCCGACUGGAAACAAUCGCCGACUUGCCAUGUCUGAGGAACUAGCCCAAGAUGAAGACGCAGCGGGCGAAUACGAUCUCGAGUCCAUGCGUCCCGGUGGGUUGGGCGGACCGAGUGAGGAGAAUUUGGCUGGUGGGAAUGGUGCGAGGGCCCCGUUGAGGCAUGAGGAUGUCGUUUUUGAGAUUGGAGACGAGGAUGAUGACGAUGAUGGGUGA